AUGGCUCGACAACUCCCCCCAAAUCUCGUCUCCCACUUCACCCAAGCUCUCAAGAGCUACCAGCUAUCCAAUGCGACUUUCCGUGUCCUGUGCUCCUUGACCCCUUCCUCCCUAUCCUCUCCGUCCACGGCGUCGCCAGCUCCUCAACCGCCUAAGGCCGUCCCGAAGAGGCUCCUCGUCCUCGACUCCUCGUUCAACCCCCCGACCCUGGCCCACCAGCAGAUGGCGCUUUCCGCCUUCUCGGAGUAUAGACAGCCCGGCAGUGGUAAUAGAAAUAAUGGUGACGACGAUAAGUCGCGCGUCCUGCUCCUCCUCGCGAUCAACAACGCGGACAAGGCGCCCAAACCCGCCGCCUUCCCGCAACGGCUCGCCAUGAUGUACAUCUUCGCCCAGGACCUGCUAGCAGCCACAUCCACCUCCACCUCCACCGAAACGGCAGGUGACAGCGACAGUAGCAGCGGCGAUGCGAACGAGUGCGAGGGCGUCGACAUCGCAGUCACGACAGAGCCGUACUUCCACGCGAAAAGCGGCGCCGUCGCCUCAUCCGGCUUCUACCACCACUCCCAGGAGUCGGAGCCGGAGCCGGUAGUAGAGCAAGUCUACCUCACGGGCUUCGACACGCUGAUCCGCGUCUUCGACCCGAAGUACUACCCGUCCGGGUCGAUGGCGCGCGUGCUAGACCCCUUCUUCGCGCACGCGCGGCUCCGGGUCUCGAUGCGCACGGACGCGGACUGGGGCGACGCGGCGGCGCAACGGGCGUACCUUGAGGGCCUAAGGACGGGCGGGCUUGAGAAGGUCGGCGGGAAGACGGGGUGGGUGGAUAGGAUUAGUUUGGUUGAGGGGCGGAGGAACGGCGAGGAGGAGGUUGUGAGUAGCACGAAGGUGCGCGCGGCGGUGCUGAGGCGGGAUUGGGAUGCGUUGAAGAAGUUGGUUAGUGAGGGUGUGGCGGGGUGGAUUCGAAGGGAGGGGUUGUAUGCGGAGGAUGGUGCGUGA